AUGGUUUUCGGGGAUCACCCCUCCCGGGGCCGCGCUUGCUCAGCCGCCAGCACCGCACGGAGCCGCCGCGCGCCGGGAGCCGCGGGCCGGGCCAGCCGGGCCGCCGGGGCCCAGUGCGCUGCGCUCGCAGCCUGUAGCGCCAGCCGUUCGGCGUUCGCUCGGUUGGCCGCGGGGUCCGAGGCCGGAUCGCGGAAAGCGGCGAGGGCGGCGCCCGGGCGCCGGCCGCGGGAGACAAGAGGCAGAAUGAGCAUCGAGAUCCCGGCGGGGCUGACGGAGCUGCUGCAGGGCUUCACGGUGGAGGUGCUGAGGCACCAGCCCGCGGACCUGCUGGAGUUCGCGCUGCAGCACUUCACGCGCCUGCAGCAGGAGAAUGAGCGCAAAGGCGCCGCGCGCUUCAGCCAUGAGGGCAGGACCUGGGGGGACGCGGGCGCCGCCGCCGGGGGCGGCACCCCCAGCAAGGGGGUCAAUUUCGCCGAGGAACCCAUGCGCUCGGACUCCGAGAAUGGCGAGGAGGAGGAGGAGGCCGCCGACGCAGGGGCGUUCAGUGCUCCAGUAAUAAACCGAUUCACAAGGCGUGCCUCAG